GAGAGUACGCUAAAUUGUACCGGCAACUAAAUCGUACCGCUACCUUACUUUCUACCAGUUGGUUUAUUUUAAUAGUCUGGCAACACUAAUUCAUUGCUGGCAACACUAAAAAACCACUGACAAUAUGGCGCUUGCUUGUGUCAACUGUGUCGUACGUAAAAACCAAAAAAUGAUAUUUCAUUUGUAAUAAGCUAUUUUCUCGUGAAAAAACUUAAGGAUUCUUGAGGAAACGGUAAGUGAAUAGUAAAAUCUAAAUUAAUUACGUAAAUCAUUAGUUAUUUAGCUUGAUAUUCGACCUUAACAAUCGAGCCGGUGAUUUGAGAUGUCCGAGAAUAAAAGGAAAUACUAUGCUUGGACACAAGAUGAUUUAGAGGCAGCACUGAGGGCAUUAAAAGCUAAAACUGUUGGACUGAAUGAAUGCGCACGCCGAUAUCAGAUACCAAAACCAACACUAAAGCGGCAUUUACUGUGCAGAAACAAAAUUUCAAACGAUGGUAAAAUCCACAAAGGAAGGCCUUGUGUCUUUUCAGCAUAUAUAGAAAAAGAAUUAGCCGAACAUCUUUUGUACAUGGAAAGCUGUAUGUUUGGCUUGACGAUUAAUGAUGUAAGACGCUUAGCUUACCAGAUUGCGGAACAGAAUAAAAUAAAACAUAGCUUCAACAAAGAAAAACAAAUGGCUGGCAAAUCAUGGUUUUAUAAAUUCAUGCGUCGACAUCGUACAUUGAGUGUUCGUCAACCGGAAUCCACAUCUAUCAACCGAGCAAAAGGGUUCAACAAGGAUAAUAUUUAUCAUUUUUUUGAUAAAUUAGAGAAGAUUGUUGAGGAGAAAAAAUUUAACCCCAACAACAUAUUCAACGUAGACGAGACUGGAUUUUCGACCGUUCAGAAAAAAUCUCAAAAAGUAAUUGGUCAGAGAGGUAAGAAGCAGGUUGGAGCAAUCUCAAGUGGUGAACGCGGCGUUAAUACAACAGCUGUAUGCGCUACUAGUGCUUCAGGCCAGUAUAUUCCACCAAUGCUCAUAUUUAAAAGAAAGAGGAUGAGCCCUUUGUUAGAAAAUGGAGCACCACCCGGCAGUAUUGUCACAGUAUCUGAAACGGGCUACAUAAACAGCGAACUAUUCGUGCAAUGGAUGAAACAUUUUAUUGAUAUUGUUAAACCAUCUAAAGAUAAAAAUGUCCUACUCUUACUAGAUGGACACACAACACACUCCAGAAAUUUGAAAGCAAUUAAAUUAGCACGAGAAAACUACAUAGUUUUGCUGCAAUUGCCCGGACACACUACCCACAGGCUCCAACCAUUGGACGUCUCAAUUUUUGGACCUAUGAGUAAAUACUAUAUACAAAUGGUAGAGACAUGGUUAAGGUCAAAUCCAGGCAAAGCCGUAUCUCAGUACGAAGUCACUGAAUUAUUUAAUAAAGCGUAUAUGAGAGCUGCGACCGUGGGUAAUGCAGUAAGCGGAUUUAAAGCAACUGGGAUCUGGCCAGUUAAUCGUUAUGUCUUUGAAGAUCAUGAUUUUCUUCCAUCUGAGACAUUAGCGGUCAAUAACGAAGAUGUCACUAUUUCCAGUCCAACAACUCCACACCAGGCUGAGCUGAAUACAUCAAAACUUGAGCGAUUAGAAGUACACAAUUCACCGGAUGACACGGAUGUUGAAACUCCGUCCCAGUCACCAUCAAUUCUUGCAGAACCCGCUGACGUGAAUCCUAAUAUAAUGAAUGAUUUCGACAAAAAAACACACCAUAAUCCUGCAACAUUGCUAAUCCUAGCUAUAAAUUGUUUAAACUCCUAUGUAAUGGGUCAUGCAAAGCAAAGUUCAGUGGAUAAACAAAAGCCAGAAAAUGCACUUAUAAAAUCUUCUCGCCAACCAGACACAAAAUACAUUGAUGACAAACAAUCUAUUGAGACGAGUGAUGGUAAUGUAGUUUUGAAUACCAACUCAUAUGAAGUUGGUAACGGGAGCUCAGCUGAUACGAAUAUUACAUCUAGUGAAAAACUUAUUAUUCCUAUAAGUGUUCUUUCACCCGCACCGCAAAAUAAAUCGAUGAGCAAGAGGAAAAGAGGUAUUCAAAAAUCAAUAGAACUGACAUCAAGCCCAUAUAAGUCUGAACUAGAAGAAUCCAUUCAAAAACGAGCCGCUAAAAUUCCGAAACUGAAUAUCUCUAAAAAUCAGACUAUUCAAAAACAAAAAAAGAAAGAAACGAAACCAAAAGCGAGCACAUCAAAAGAUUUAGAAGCACCAAAGAAAACUACUAGAAUCAGUUCAAGAAAAAAAACACUAGAAUAUGACAAUUCGUUUCAAACUGAAACGAACAAGGGAGCGUCCACUUCUGGAACUAAAAACAAGAUAAAACCAAAGAGUAAAAUUACAAAUAAGAAGGCAUCGUCAAAAAAGAAGUGUACGCAACGCAUAAGAGAGAGCUCCGAAAGUUCAAUUGAACAAAUAUCAUUACAUGACGAUUCUGAUGAUGACGUGAAGGACGACGACGAUGAUUAUUGUGUUAUUUGCAAUGGAUAUUAUUACGACAAAAAAGGUCCAAAUGUCGAAUGGAUUCAAUGUGUGAGAUGCCACAGAUGGCUUCAUGACACUUGUAGUGAGAUACCUGAUAUGUGCCCUAAGUGCCUUAAGUAAUUACGUCUAUAACAUUGAUCUCAAAUCGGAUGCUGUGAUUGAUUUAAGACUUAACUUUAAAUUUAACUAAUUAUUAAGAAAAAAUAGGUCGUUACUUUACAAUGACAAGUAGAUAUUAACAAGUUAUGAAUGUGAUUUAGUGUUUAGGCCAUAGAUACCUACGUAGAAAAAAAGUAAAUAACAGGUUGUUUUAUGAUACGAAGAAUCUCAAAUCUGAGGACUGAUUAUGUUUAAGAGAUAUUUUGUAGAUUUUUGUAAUAAGCACAUUUCUUGUUGAUUCAUUUUGUUAAAAUUAUAUCUAAAAGUAAUGUUUAAGAAAGUUAAUUUUAUAAACAUUUUGUUUGAAUUCUUAUGUCACAAAUACUAAAUAGUUAAUUACCUAACUAUAUUAAGUUUUACUUAUUCGUACAAUUAGGUAAGUUAGUUACCAUUCUUUAAAAGCAUAUAUAUUUUAAUACUGUUUUUCUUUGCUAUGUUUAUUGCUGCCAUUUGAAUAAAAAUGAUUAAAAAAACAUAGGAUUUUAUUUUAUUAAAUAUUACAUCGAUCAAUUCAUUCAAAAUGUUAGGCAGGCAGGUACAAUUUAGGAAUCACAGAUUUUCUUACUUGCAAUUCGUACUUCUAGGUUUUACAGAAAUAUAUUUUUUAUGUUGUUAUAUGGAUUUACAGCUAAAUGAAUACCAGUAGUUUUAAUCUUAUUUCUUUUCUGAUGAGACAAAUAGGGAAAAGUUAAACAAUGAAGUAAAAUUUAGUUUUUUUAUCUUUUUAUUUUGUAUAUAGAAAAAAUCAAAGUACGAUUUAAAGACCGAGUGGUACGAUUUAUCAAGCGAUUACCUAAAUCGUACCAUUUGAUGUUAAAAUAAAAAAUAAAAGUUUGGCCACAAAUAAGCAUUAUACUGUACAAUCCUGCUUGCUGUCAUAGGUAAUAAACCAUUACGGUUCUUAUAGUCAAUGGCCCAAAUUCCUAAAUAUUACAAAAUUAUUUUAAAUAAAAAAUAUAGUUAGGGGGUACAAUAUUGCGUACUCCCCCCU